AUGUCCCUCCGGAGUACUCGAGAGAACCAAAAAUAUUUGGGUGACUUCCGUGUGGUGCUUAUGGAGACGGUGAACUACGAGCGAAAAUCGGCCAUGGUUUUGAAUGAUUUUGAUGGAAACCCAUUCAACUCCUGGAUGUCAAAACGCCAAAACAAGGCGAAAAUAGUGGAAAAUCGUGAACUGAGUUUGAAUUUUUGGUGCCUCAACCCGGCCAUCAUAUUUCGUGAGGUCGCCUCCUUGGCCCACUGUCUGAUACUAAUGAGUGGAACGUUGUCACCGUUAGAUGCACUCGAGGCGGAACUGGGUGUCGAAUUCCCCAUUCGACUGGAGGCGAAUCACGUGAUUGCAAAAGAUCGUUUGUUGGUAGCCAGUCUGGCUCACGGACCCGGUGGCGAUCGUCUUUGUGCCACUUACCAGUACCAAAGUACUUAUGCAUUCCAAGAUGAGGUUGGCAAUCUGGUCCUACAAGCCUGUCGAAUUGUUCCCGGUGGUGUGCUUUGCUUUCUACCCUCGUACGGACUGUUGGAUCGGCUCGNACGAUGGGAGACUACUGAUUUGUUUACAAAACUUCGUCGUAUCAAACACAGNACACCGAUACGUCCACGCAAACGACCUCGUGUGAAGUCUGACGAAGACGAACUCAAUGCGACCGCAUGCUCCGAGUAUCUAGACACCCAGAACGGGGCCGUAGUAUUUGCCGUGUGCCGUGGGAAAGUUAGCGAAGGUUUGGACUUUGCCGAUGCAUACGGUCGUUUGGUCAUUGCUGUUGGUAUCCCGUAUCCGGCAUUUAACAAUCCGCAGGUUCAGUCCCCAUUCGAUUUCGUUCACAGUUUGGUGUUUCAAAUUUAUACAAAUGAGCUUUUUUGUAUGAGAUAUACCGCACAUUCCGUGUUCACAAUACACCCAACGGUGUCCGGUCGAUGUAAUUAUUGCGCUGCAUGUGAGGAGCCAAACUGGGGGCCGGGUGCUCAAUUUAGACUUUAUUUUCGUGAAUCCGGACAUGUGAUCAAAGUCCAACAAAAGCGCGAGUUCAAUGAUGCUGCUCGGAAACUGGCCUCGACCGCAUCCGCUCCCUCUCCCGGACGACCACAAGCCCAGGUGGCCUCGUUCGCAAACGGCCUCAACCACGUGCUCAGCGGUUCCGAAUGGUAUAAUGCUCAAGCGUACCGUGCUUUGAAUCAAGCUCUGGGUAGGUGUAUUCGUCACACCGAAGACUGGGGUGCGGUGUUACUUGCGGAUGCACGUUUUGUGGAACAACCGGCUCGCUAUCUGACUGGGAUCAGUCGGUGGAUUCGAUCACGGGUCACGCAUCACACAGUCUGGUCGGAUCUUGCCACACGACUACACAACUUCAUAGAGAUGCGUACCAAAGUGGAGAAGAUCGAAACCGAAGCCGAGGAGUUAGACGACAUUUUCGCUGACUAG